AGAGAGAGAGAGAGAAGAGAGCCUAGCAGUUAUGGAACUACGCCGCCGAUCUCCCGUGAAUGCUAAUGUCCGCCCCGAAGAGAGUAUUAGAGUUUCGUGACGGAGAGAGAGAGAGAGAGACGAGUUCCGUUCCGAGCUUCCGAAGAGGUUGUCGGAAGGACGAACUCGCUUCUUCUUCGUCUUUUGGCCUAUAUUUAACUGUGAGCUUUGUGUUUUGGAUCGUCGAUAUAUCGAGCGAAAACACUUUCUCACAAUUAACGAUGCCGAUAUUUACCGUCCAUCGUUCUCCUAUAAACAUUGAUUUACAUGCGUAGCUAUAGACUACUGUGCCAUACACACCUGUAUCCAAUCGCGAGAAAUCGCGAGCGCGUCCGAGUAAUAACAGGCCAUCGCCGCCGGUAUCCGCGAGUAACCGAAAUUUAUUGUCCUGCUGUCUAUGCGUUUUUCCUGCUUUUAACAUGCAUUGCAAUCGUCGAGUGAGGUUAGGCCGCCCUCUACACUGUCGCGCGCGCGGUGACGGACUGACUGUUGCAGAGAGGAACAGCUGAUUCGAAUACUGACGGUUGCACUUUGGCAUUAAUUGACGCUUAAAGCAGAGGAAGAGCUUCUCCGUGAAGACGAGAGUCGGAUCCACUUGUGAGUAGGCAGUAGAUCGUCCUAACGAAGAAAGUGUGUGUGUCUGUGUGUUGCGUUCUUGGAAUCUCUCUUCGAAGCUUUUGGCUUUGUCUCGCCAACUAUCGACGCAAAAGAGCGUCAACUCUCGGCGUUGCACACGACUCCUACAAGUGUAGAAAAUGGCUGCAAUCUGGGGCGAAAUCAGCGCUCUGAACCCCACGUACGCAUUCAAAUGGGUGAUCCGAGACUUCCACGUCGACGGUUACAAGUUAGGCGAGGCGAUAAAGUCGUCCGUCUUUGCAGUCACGAGCAUCAACGACAAGUACCACUGGCAGCUCCUGCUCUACCCGAAGGGCAAUAUCGAGUACCACAAGGAAUUCUGCUCGAUUGGCUUCUUGAAUCGGCAGUGCAGCAAAGCCUUCAGAGGCAGCAUCACCUUCAGUCUCGUCGACGGCAAAGACAACGUCGUACGGAGGAUCGAAAUCGUAGACAGAAUUUUCAGUCCGAAUAAGCUCAACGGAAACCCGCGAUUUUUCCCACGAAGGUUAAUCGCCAAUGUACUGAGAGAUGGAAACCUCACCAUCGUGUGCACGGUAAGAAUGGGCGCGACAAGCCAGGCGGAAAAAGAUGAGAUGAAAGUGGCCGACGAGCGGAUCGACGUGGAUGAGAAAACCGAGGAGAAAGUUGACGACGAGAGCGCGCUGCGUCUACGGGAAUUCGACGACUUCGAGCACCUCCUCGACGAGAAGGCCUUCAGCGACGUGAUCUUCAUCGUCGGGGGUAACACCCUCUACGCGCACAAGUGCAUACUGUCGACGAGGAGCGCCGUCUUCGCCGCCAUGUUUCUGCACGAGAUGCUGGAGAGGCAGGAGAACAAGGUCGAGGUCAAGGACGUCGACUACGACGUCUUCCGGGAGAUGAUGCGCUUCAUGUACACCGGUAAGGUAAAUCGGCUCGAUUCGACUAUGGCCUACGAUCUCUUGAUCGCCGCGGACAAGUACGCGCUGGACACUCUGAAGAACAUGACCGAGAAGAAGCUGUGCGAUGGAUUGACGGAUAGCUCAGCCUUGGAGUAUCUCCAGCUCGCCGAUCGCUAUGGAGCUAAGAAACUGAAGGAAAGGGCCGUCGAGUUUAUCAUCCAGCACGCGGACGUUAUCAUCAAGUCGGAGGAGUUCAAGGCGCUGCCCAACCAACUCGUCAUCGAGAUCUGCGGCGCUAUGGCGAAUAAGAUCACGUAAUUUUAGUUCUCGUGGUUUUUUUUUUUUAAUAUAUUUUUAUAUAUUUUUUUAUUAGAGAGAAGUACAUUUUGUAUGAUUAAAUAAAAUAAAUUAAA